AUGAAUGCGUUUAGUCGGCAAGGCAAGGCAAGGCAAGGCAAAGCAUUACCUAUCGAAGUUAGAAACAACAUAGUUGGGAAGUGGUUGAAUAAUGAGGGUAUAGCAAACAUAUCGCGACAAUUAAACCUACCGUACAAAACGGUUAGUAAUAUUGUAGAUCUCUGGGUAGACAAUGGAGACAUUGAACCUCGCCAGCCACAUCGUGGGGCAAGUGGGACCGCUCGUACGGAUGACGUUAUAACGUACAUCGAAUACUUGAAAACUAAUAAGCCGUCAAUAUAUGGAAAAGAAAUACAACAAGAAUUGCAAAGUAACAACGUGUGCCUACCAGAAAACGUGCCUAACAGGUCUUCGAUAAGUAGGGUUUUAAAAGCCGAUGUUGGCUGGUCAUACAAGCAAAUAAGUCAAAUAGCUCGUGAAACAGAAAGGCCGGAUGUCAUGGAAAAAUUGGAAAAUUACAUCGCAGACAUUUCAGGAAUAGAUUGUAACCGAUUACAUUUCUUUGAUGAAUCGUCGGUAGUUGUAACGAGCGGAAACCGACGUCGUGGGCACAGUGCAAUAGGCACUCCAGCAAUCGAAGUACAACGAUAUGCUUCGAAUGCCACAUAUACUGUGAAUCUGCUACAUAACAUCCGUGGAGUAUCUCAUUUCAAUAUUCUAAGAGGCCCAUCAAACGGUUUGGAAUUGCUAAACUUCUUCGAAGAAGCUCUCGAGCAAGAAGACGUAUUUGCAAACCCUGUUAUAAAAGAACAUGAUGUUAUAAUAAUGGAUAACUAG